AUGGGGCCAGCUCGCACGUGGUACAGCGGCCUGAAGUCCGGGGGAAUCGCCUCCUUCGACCAGCUCGUUAGGGAGUUUGAGCUGAACUUCUUGGCUUCAUCCCGACCAAAGCCAUCUGUCGCCCUGCUCUUUGGACUAAACCAGAAGGACGAUGAGCCUCUCUCCUGCUUCGUGAAUCGUUUUGCCGGAGAAGUCCGAGGGUUGUCGGAUGCUCAUCCCUCUUUGUUGAUUCAGGCAUUCACGGCCGGACUCCAUCCCUCUAGAUUCUUUUGGUCCCUCGUGGAGCGGCCCCCCAUCACCGUUGCCGAAAUGCUCCAGCGAGCCAAUCAAUUCAUUGCGGCCGAAGCUUGUAUGUCGGGAAGACGAGACGGGCAAAGCAGACCCCGGGCGGAGUCAUCAAAGGGACAGUCGUACGUCCCCUCGAAGCGCAGGCUGGACCAACCCAACCCGGCCGCUGCAAGACCAUCGCUCCCUGCUUUCGGGACAUCCCAGACGCAGAUAUUUCUUCAGAUAAGGGAUAAGGGUUUGCUGCGAACCCCUGCCCCCAUGAGGAGCCCGCGGGCGCUCGCAGACCGCACUCGUUACUACCGAUUCCACCGGCAGAAUGGGCACGACACGGAGGAAUGCCACGAGUUGAAGCGGCAGAUAGAAGAACUGAUCCAGAGAGGGCACCUCGGCCGCCAUCUGCGACAGGAUAAAGAGUUAUCACCGCGACCCGAGGGCCCCAUCAAAAAACAGAUUGACGUAAUCACGGGAGGUUUGGCUUCGCGAGGAAAUAGCAUGUCCGGACGCAGGGCCAACGCCCAUGCUGCCCCGAUUGAAGACCUGGAGCAUAGGUCGAGGCCCGAGGUCACUUUCCCCGUUGAGGGAGCCAGGCAACCCGAGCAUGAUGAUGCGUUAGUGGUGUCCGUCAGGAUCGCCAAUGCCCAAGUGAAAAGGAUUAUGGUUGAUACUGGGAGCUCAGCCGACAUCCUCUAUUUCAAUGCCUUCCAGAGGCUCGGCUUUUCCCACGGCGCCCUGGAACCCAUGAACUCGGCGCUCACCGGGUUUACUGGCGAAUCAAUCGCGCCUCUGGUUGCAAUUACCUUGCCAAUAACUCUUGAGGAAGCACUAAGAACUAAGACCUUGAUCACGUCUUUCCUGGUGGUCAACCUUCCCGCUGCAUAUAACGCGAUUCUGGGACGCCCCACACUCAACAAGUUCAGGACAGUCAUCUCCACGUACCACAGGACCAUACAAUUCCCGACUCGUGAGGGGGUUGGGGAAGUUAGAGGGAGCCCCCGAGAGUCGAGGCAGUGUUAUAUGACCGCCACCUCCCUGCACAAGAAGAGGAAGGUAGAACAACCCUUCACGGACCCCCGGCAAGGAAAAAAGCCUGACCUGCACCCUGAGCCAGCGACAUCAACUGUGGACGUACAGCUUCAGGAGGGGAGACCGGAUCGAACGGUCAGGCUCGGAUCGAAACUCGCUGAAACAGAGCAAGCUCAGCUCAUCAAUCUCCUUCAGGAGAAUGCCGAUGCCUUCGCAUGGUCUCCCGCAGACAUGCCAGGCAUCGAUCCCGAGGUGUCCCAGCACCGGCUGAAUGUUUCCCCCGAUGCGCGGCCGAUCAAGAAAAAGCCCUGA